AUGGGAAAUCUUAUUCCCAGACAUUGCUUCCUGUACGUCAACGACUUUGUAAGGUGCGCUGAGUACUGCUCAGUAAAAUUAACUCUGUACGGUGAUAAGACAGUACAUAUUUAUUACGUUGAUCCAAUUAAAUCUGUGACUCUGGUAAGAGGCUGUAGUGAAUAUAUGGAAGAAUUAGCCGUAACCAGUUAUAGAACGAUCACCUAUGAUGCAUAUAAAGUGUUAACCAACGAAACUAGAGGAAACUGUGUAACUUCAGCUGAAUUUAAGAUAAAAUUUCCUGAAAUAAGACAUAUUCUUACAUACAGAGACCUAUUUGACGAUUGGCUCUCGCUUUUAUGUAAUGAUGUGUUAACCAACCGAAAUUUUGGCAAUUGUGUCGCAUCAGUUGAGUUUGAGACAAAAUUUCCAGAGUUAAGAGAUAAGCCUGAAUACAAGGAACUUUUUAAAGAGUGGAACUUAUGUCGUUGUGAUUAUGCAAUAAGAAGAGACAAUUGA